CCUUGAUACGUUACCCCUUUCCCUUUGCUGCGCGCCUUCGUACCAAAUCGCUCUCCCGCUACCGUAUUUACCUUACACUGCCACUCUCUCUCAGUCUUACAGAGCAACACCCGCAAAACCCCAAUUCCCCUCUCUCGCUUGCAAAGUCGGAUUCUUUAAGCUUCUCCCUCAACUGGUUUUGAGCCCUGAAAUUGGGUUUUCUCUCUAUCUGAUUCGGUGGGUCUUUUACACAUUGUCGUUGGGUGAUUGAGCUGCUUCUCCUUUUCCCAAUUUUGAUUUUGUUUGGAUUUUUGAUGAAAAAGAAAGGGGGAGAUUUGUGGUUAGAGGCUUUAGGAAAUGGAGUUCUGCCCAGGUUGUGGUAACAUGCUGCAGUAUGAACUGCCGAAUAUGCACGAUGCGAGAUUCUUCUGUCCAACUUGUCCCUAUGUAGCAUACGUUGAUAGGAAGGUGAAGAUUAAAAGAAGGCAGCAUCUAGUUAAAAAAGAGAUACAGCCCAUCUUUACCCUGGACGACUACAAGAAUGCGCCCAAAACUGAAGAACCGUGCCCAAGAUGCGGGUUUCCUGAGGCGGCUUACAGGACACAGCAAACACGAUCUGCCGAUGAACCAGAAACAAGAUUCUACAGGUGUAUGAACAACAAUUGCGGACACACAUGGGUUGAUUACACUUAGUCUGAGAAUUUUGUGUUCUUUGAGUUGCUGAUCCCUUUUAAUUGCUCCAUUUUUGAGUUUUGGCCAACUGUGGCGUGAUAUUGUGAACUGCUUCAACGCAUGGAAAUAAUACUUAAAUGUUCAUUCGUACAUUCUUCUGUUUUA